AGAGGGUGAAUUUCAUGCAUAUAAAUAAGGACCCCAAUUGCCUAAAGAGCACCAUCAAACUUUUUCUUAUAUCAAAUUCCAAUCCUUUAAACCAACCUUGAAUUGAUAACUCUUGUUAAAACUAGUCAUGACUCAUAAUAGCCAUAAAGAUACCAAGAAGCAGGUCUCUGCACAACAAAAGCCAUCAAGGGGAGGUUGGAACGCAGCCAUAUUCAUCAUUUUCGUUGAACUAGCAGAGAGAUUUGCGUUCUAUGGAUUGGGUGCAAACCUCAUCACAUACCUCACAAAUGUUCUCAACCAGCCUAUAUCCACAGCGGCUAAGAAUGUCAACACUUGGGCUGGCGUAUCCUAUCUCUUCCCUUUGUUUGGAGCCUUUGUUGCUGAUUCCUUCUUGGGUCGGUUCAAAACAAUCCUUUUGGCUUCUGUCAUUUAUUUUAUGGGAAUGGUUUUGUUAACACUGUCGGUCUCAGUAAUUCCCUUGGAUUAUCGUAAAGCGAUAUUCUUUGUAGCGCUUUACAUAUUAUCAGUCGGGGAAGGUGGGCACAAGCCAUGUGUGCAAACCUUUGCAGCAGACCAAUUUGAUGAGGACUCACUUGAGGACAAGAAGGUCAAGAGCUCAUUUUUUAACUGGUGGUUCUUCGGAAUAGUGGCUGGCUCAUCCGCUGCCAUUUUGGCAGUAAUAUACGUGGAGGAUAGUAUUGGCUGGGCUGCAGGAAUUGGGAUGUUGGCAAUAGCAUUGGCAGUGUCACUAACAUUGUUCUUGAUAGGAAUCAAGAGGUACCGUAAGCAAGGUCCCCUCGGGAGCCCAUUAACUACAGUGGCACAGGUACUCGUGGCGGCCGCGAGGAAGUGGCGCGUGGCUGAGAAAUGCGGCAGUUAUAGUGUUUAUCAUGCAGAUGUGCUCCAUGCUGUGGGUCAACCUAAGACUCGGACUUUGACCCAUACAAAUCAGCUGAGAUGUUUGGACAAAGCAAUGAUUAUUGACAACCUCGAUGCCAUGAGAACAAUCCGGGAUCCUUGGAGGCUAUGCUCUUUAAAUCAAGUGGAAGAAGUGAAGCUUGUUCUACGCCUUUCACCCAUAUGGUUGAGUUGCUUAAUGUUCCCCAUAAUCAUGUCCCAAAUCAAUACCUACUUUACAAAGCAAGGUAGUACAAUGCACCGAGCCAUUACACCCCAUUUUACCAUUCCCCCAGCUUCACUUCAAGCCCUUGUUGGCCUCACAAUCCUAUUCAAUAUUCCCCUCUAUGACCGAGUUUUUGUCCGCAUUACUAGAAAAUUCACGGGACACCCAUCUGGCAUAACUGUGCUACAAAGGAUAGGCAUUGGUCUAUUUCUCUCAAUAUUCGUCAUGGUUGUGUCUGCUCUAGUAGAGGCCAAAAGGAUCAAUAUUGCAAAAGAGUAUAACCUAUUGGACCACCCUAAAGCAAUAGUACCAAUGAAAGUGUGGUGGCUACUACCGCAAUAUAUAAUUGCUGGUUUGGCUGAUAUAUUCACAUUUGUUGGGCUCCAAGAACUGUUUUAUGCACAAAUGCCAGAGGCAAUGAGAAGCUUAGGAGCAGCACUAUUCCUUAGUGUUACAGGAGUUGGAAAUUUCAUUAGCAGUGCAAUUAUUUCUAUGGUUCAAGCAAUCAGUUCAAGGAAUGGUGAAGAAUGGCUUGGUGACAAUAUCAAUCGUGCGCAUCUGGAUUACUUCUAUUGGGUGCUGGCUGGGUUAAGUUCUUUGAAUUUUUGUGCUUAUGUAUGGAUUGCUAAGUGUUUUGUGUACAAAAAAGUUGAAGAAGAUGAUGUUCCAGGAGAAAAGGAGUUGGGAGCCAUCAAUGGGUACGUGGAUGGGGAGAUAAUAUGAGAGUACCGCAUGGCCAUGUAGGGCAUAAUGUGUAUCUUUGGUUGUUGAUGUUGUAUAUCCAAUUCCAAACCAACUACUAUCACUUUAAAAUGCAUGUUUUAUGUUAAUGUAGUAAUAGGUUUAUGUUUAAUCUCGUUUAUCAAAAAAGAAAAGAGGUUUAUGUUUUAAUCUCU